AACACAAAAAUGUCACCAUUUUCGAAUCGAUUUGGAUCAUCAUCAAGAAUGAUGGAAAUCUAUUAUUGUUUGCUACUGCUGCUUCUGCUGCCAUUCAUAUUGGUGUUCAAUGUUGAAUCAAAACCAAUAUCAUCAAUAAGUGAUAAAUCGAACGAAUCAUCAUCAUCAUCAUCAUCCACAUCAUCGGAUAUCAUAAAUUCCAUACCAAAUCCAUUAUCAUCACCAUCACCAUCAAUAUUAAAUCCACCCAUAAUGAUAACAUUUCCACCGAUGCAUUGUUUAAAAGAUUCUGAUUGUAUUGGAAAAAAUUCAUCAUCAAAAAUAUUUUAUGAUCCAAAUGGACGUUGUGAUAUUCGACAAAAUCAAUGCGUUUGUCGUGAUAUGAAACGUUUUAGGCGUGUACAGAUCAAAGUGAAUGUUAAAACGACAAAUCAUCAUAAUAAUAAUCCGACCAAUAAUAGUAAUAAUAACAGUAAUAAUAAUAAUACUGCCAAUCUACAACAUGUGGUUUAUGUAACAAAAUGUUUAUUAUACGAUAAUAAUAAUUGGCCACCAUCAAACGACGAACAAAAUCAUAAUCAUCAUCAUCAUCAUUCCAUUCAAUCAUCUUCAUCAUCAUCGUCUGCAUCGAUAUCAUCAUCAUCAUCAUCAUCCAAUAUUUUAUCGAUUCGUCCACAUUAUUAUGGCCAACAUUGUGAUGAUGAUCGUCAAUGUUCAGCAAAUAUGAUUUGUAGACAAUUGAUUGUGGCAAAUAAAAAUAAAAACAAUAACAAUAAUUCAACAAAUUCAACAUCAACGUCGACUAUUUCAACACCGUAUUCAUCAUCAUCAUCAUCAACAUCAUCGAAUGUUAAUCUAACACAAAUGUUAACAACAAAACGUUGUCGUUGUCCAUUGGGACAACAUUGGAAUAAAUAUAUUCGUCGUUGUGAAUGGAUACAUUCAAAUUCGUUGUUUCAAUUUGGAUUAGCGCAACCACCACCACCACCAUCAUUAGGUGAUCAUCAUGGCCAUAAUAAUCUAUAUGAUCAACAAUCUUAUCCAAAUGGUGGCCAUUAUUAUGGUCAAAAUGGUAAUAAUCUUAUCAAUGGUUUAUCAUCAUCAUCAUCCGGUGUUAUUGGACAUUCUUCCGUUGGCGGUGUUGGUGGCAAUGGUAAUUCAGUAAAUCAUCAUCAUCAUCAUUCAAUUGCUGCCAGUAAUAUUGAUUUAAAAAUAUUUGAAAUUGUAUUGGAAAUUGCAUUUCUAUUGGCUUGUUUACUUGGUUAUAAAGCUUGUUCAUCUAUUUGUUGUAAAGAUCAAGAUCAACAAAAUGAUGGCUCAAAUGGUGGUGGUAAUGGUGGUUGUAAUACCGAUCUUUGUUAUGGAUCCGGUGAUGAACAUGAUUCAUUCACAAUGGGUACAAAUAAUACAAGAGUUAUUGAAGGUGGUCGUAUUGGUGGUCGUGAUCUUAAAUCCGAUGAAGAAUCAAUAUUAAGUUCAUCGAUAAUGAAAUCAUCAUCAUUAUCGAUUUCAGGAUCAAAUAAUAAUCAUCAUCAUCAGAAUAAUAAAUCGCUAACAUCUGUACCGAAUUUAGUGAAUGGAUUAAAAGGAGCUUCAACGAUCAGUCAGAAUAAAAAAAGUCAAAGUUUUCGAUAUUCCAUUCAAAAUAGUAGCAAUGGUGGUGCAUGGCUUGAUGGAAUGCGUGGUGGGAAAACCAAUUCUGUGAAACAAGCCAGAAGAAUGUCAAGAAAACGUCGUAUGAGUCGAUUUUGUUCACGAACAAUGGCACGUCGUAAUUCAACAACAACAUAUACAUCGUCACCAUAUACAAUGGGUGGUGGUGGUGGUGGUGGUUCAACAUCAUCAUCAUCAGCAUAUUAUACAAGUCAAAAUUUUCGUCGUCUUUCAUCGGUAUCAGCAUCGGCAAUGUCAAGAUCAUCAUCAGCAUCGACACGUAAUUUAUUGGUCAAAAUUGCUAAUCCAUCUUCGGCUGCUGAUAAAUGUUUAUCGGUAUCGACUAUUUUAGCACCACAAUUAAAUGGUGCUGGUAGUAGUGGUGGUGGUACAAGUGGAUCAAAUUCACGUACAUCAUCACCAUGUUAUAAUUGUCGUAUUUAUAAAGAAGUUUAUUCUCCAAGUGCCCAAUGUAAAUCAUGUCGUUCAUUAUUAUUAUCGGCUGCUGCUGCAGCAGCAACAACAUCAUCAAUAGCCGAUGAUAUGAAUCAUAAAUCAAAAGAUAAUAAAGAUAAUAAUUCAUCAUCGAAUAAUAAAAAUUCUCUUAUUGAUUUUGAUUCAUUAAUGUUAAUGGUUACCGGUGGUGGAUUGACGACAAAUAUAUCAAAUAAUAAUAAUAAUGAUGGAUCAUCGGAUCGUCUAUCAACAGCCUCAUCAUCAUUGGAUUCAUCAAAUAAUCAUCAUCAAAAUCAGAUCAAAUCCUCUCCUUCAUCAUCAUCAUCAUCAUCAUCGUCAUCAUCAUCAUCAUCAUCAGUAACAACAGCAAUCAUACUGCCUCCACCAUAUAAACAGAAACCAAUUAGACGUUCAGAAGAGGUGGGUGUACCACCACAUCUACGUGCUCCUUAUCGUGAUUCACAACCAUUUUGGCUUAAAUAAAUGAAAAAAAAAAACAAUGAAAUACAAAAUUUACAAUUUACACACAAACAAACAAUUUAUUCAUUCAUUCAUUCAUUAAUUCAUUCAGGUGAUUUAUUAUAAAAAAAAUUUUCUCCAUUCUUUCCACUCUCAUAUGCCAAUCUCUUUCGUUUUGCCAUGUUUUCAAUUUCUCUUUCUCUCUCUCUCUCUCUCUUUUU